AGAACGGGAUAGCUGUCAUGGAAGCGUGCAAAGUGAUCAAGGAGAGACUAAGACCGUUCAAGGAAGCCAAUCCCAAGGGAACUUGGGAGCAGUGGGUCCGCAAGGCUUACUUCUCCCGAGUUAGUUUAAGUGCGACCGGUUUUUACAAAACCCCAGAUAUUGGCUACAAUUGGGAGACGGGGGAAGGCAACAUGUUCAAUUAUUUCACGUACGGGGUGGCGUGUUGUGAGGUCGAGAUUGACACUCUGACCGGGGACCACGAAGUCCGAAGAAUUGACAUUGUCAUGGAUUUGGGUGAGAGUCUCAACCCGGCCAUUGAUAUUGGACAAAUCGAGGGGGCUUUCAUGCAAGGGUACGGCCUGUUCGUGCUUGAGGAACUAGUCUAUUCGCCCACGGGAACUAACUACACACGGGGGCCUGGUACUUAUAAGUUGCCCGGGUUUGGGGACAUUCCGGGCGAGUUUAACGUCUCUCUAUUGAAGGGAGUGUCGAACCCCAGGGCUGUUUUCUCGUCAAAGGCCGUUGGUGAACCUCCCCUAUUUUUGGGUAGUUCAGUCCUGUACGCUAUUAAAGACGCCAUAAAGGCCGCAAGGAGGGAAAAUGGUUACGAACCAACCAAAUUCAGGUUAGACUCACCUGCCACUGCUGCAAGGAUACGUAUGGCCUGUCAGGACAACAUUACUUCAAAGUUCAAGGAUCCCGAACCCGGAAGUUUCAAACCGUGGAACGUCUACGUUUAAGUGAUAUUUAUCUAGUUUUAGUCUUAUUUUUAUGGUUUUUACUGUGAAUAAAGAGUUUUGUACGUU